AUGAUGUUCCACGACGUGGCGAUGCAGAUCCCAGGCCUUCCGUCGCCGUCGACUGCCGCGGGCGCCAGCUUCCAGAAAUUCUUGCAAACGCUCCGCAAUGUGACCUACUCCAUCCGCUUGGUUUACCGCGUCAACACGCUCCGCGAUGUCAACAAUCUCGAAACAAAGUUGCUCCUUCCCACGCUCACUUCGGACGGCGUCGUUGGCUCCUGGCGCCUGGGCCCGACGCCGAUCGCCCCGAGCAACACCGCGUGCCCCUUCGCCGAGUGCAACUCCGUGAGCUACGAUCCGGACCUCGGCUUCGCGGUCGUGGACGGCUCGACAGUCACCGCCGUGCGCCUCCUCGUCACGUUCCUGGAAUCAGAAGACGACGAGGAGACGACCGUGCCCGACACUGCGCAGGGUCCGCGCGUCACACGGGUGGCCAUCUGCGCCCUCGAGCCUGCGGGCCAGUGGCUGGUGCGCGCGGACGGGGCCUCCCUCGUGACUGCCACGAAACGCAAGUGCGACGACACGUUCGCGGUGCAGUCGCACCACAAAAUGGCUGCGCAUGACAUGCCCUUGUGGGCGCAGUACAUGAACCGUGCGCUCGCGACCCCCAGGGGCCCGCCGCUGAACUUCGCCCACGCCGUGACGCCCCUGAAGCGCAAACGCGCCUUGGACGACGCAGCUUCGGCCUCCGAGGCUGCGGACAUGAUAGCGCGCAGCCGCAGGCUCGUCGAG